AUGAUUGACGGUCGAGUCCAGCUCAAACAGCCGAUGGUGGUGACCGAGUUAGGCAAACACGACCUCAUUCUGGGAAAGUUGUGGUUCAAGAAAUUCAAAGUGUUACCUGAUUGUGCCAAUCACCGCUUGUGGUGGCCCGAGGAUCGUUCCCUGAAGGAUCAAGUCGUCACCCAACUGAUCCGUCCUGUUCCUCGGAAGAUUCUACGGCGACCGAAACUGAAUCCCGACCAUCAGAAGGACGUCAAGCGCCGUGAUAAAUUGAUGGAACAAGAGAUCCACGGAGAGCAUGCCGAUCGCCAUAAACGGCCUCGGGUUGCGGACCAAACCCCCCAGGCCAUGAAGAGAAGCUACGGGCAUGAUCAUAAGGGGGACACCACAGAGAAGAUGCAACGUGCACUGAAAGGUGAAUCUAUCGCAGUGAUACCCCGGAAAGUUCCCGACCGAGCACCGCGAAAGAGCCUAGACAUCGCAGCCAUCGGGGGAGCAUAUGCUCCGGGAAGGCACAAAAGUCUUCGUGACUUCACUGGCCCAGAUUGA